UCCCGAACCGGUUCGCUGCCUGGUGAGCCGCCAGCAUGGCCCAGCUUCAGCUCCGGAGCCGGCGCCCAGUUCCCUCGCCGCGUGGGACCCGCGGACUCGCCCCUCUGCUGCUGCCGCUGCUCCUGGCGCUGCGCGUCGGGGCCGGGGCCGACUGCCCCUGCCAGGACCCAGCGCUGUGCCAUCCCAUCACCCACCGCCCCGACUUCGAGGUCUUUGUGUUUGAUGUUGGACAUAAAACUUGGAAAUAUUAUGACUGGUCACAGAUUACAACUGUGGUACUUUUUUCAAAUUAUGACUCAGAACUUAUGUGCUACGCUCAUUCAAAAGGAGCCAGAGUAGUGCUAAAAGGAGAUGUAUCUGUAAAGGCUAUUGUUAAUGCUACUUUCAGAGCAUCCUGGAUAGCUCGACAAGUUGAGCUGGCCAAAAAACAAUAUAUGGAUGGAAUUAAUCUAGACAUAGAGCAAGCAGUUGCUCACUCAUCACCUGAAUAUUAUGCAUUAACUGCUUUAGUCAAAGAAACUGCAGACUCUUUCCAUCGUGAAAUUGAGGGAUCACAGGUAACUUUUGAUGUAUCUUGGUCUCCAAAAUGCAUGGGUAGAAGGUGCUAUAAUUAUACUGGAAUUGCAGAUGCUUGUGACUUUCUCUUUGUGAUGUCUUAUGAUGAACGAGGUCUGGUCUGGUCAAAAUGUAUUGCAGGAGCCAAUUCUGCCUAUACUCAGACAUUAACUGGAUAUGAUGACUACAUCAAGAUAGGCAUUAACCCUAAGAAACUGGUAAUGGGUAUUCCCUGGUAUGGUUAUGAUUAUACCUGCCAAAGUCUAUCAGUGGAUCAUGUUUGUACCACUGCAAAAUACCCCUGUAAGGGUGCUGUACACCAUCAGGUGCCCUAUCAAAUUAUUAUGAAGCAAAUAAAUAGUUCUACUUCUGGAAGACUGUGGGAUAAAAAUCAGCAGUCUCCUUAUUAUCACUAUCAGGAUCAGGCUGGCCAUUUUCAUCAAGUGUGGUAUGAUGACCCUGAGAGCAUUUCUCUAAAGGCAGCAUAUGUACAAAACCAUGGCUUACUGGGCAUUGGCAUGUGGCAUGCAAACUGUCUUGACUACUCUGGAGAUGCUAUAGCCAAACAGCAAACUGCAGCAAUGUGGAAAGCCUUAAAACCAAAGCUGUGGCAGAGAUGAACAUCUUUUGUUAACCUAUUAACAUUUAGAAAAAUGAACUGUUUAAAUAGAUCUAGUUCCUUGAAGAGAUUAAAAAAUGUAUACCUUUUUUCACGUUGCUAUAUAUUUUAGUUAUUAGUAUACUCAAAAACAGAUAAAGAAUAAAGAAAUGCUUUGUUUGAAUUUGAAAAAUGCUUACCUAUUUAUAUCUUCAGUGUACAGCAACAUAAAGGUAAAAAACAAGUCAACUUACCAUAUCAAAUAUUCCUUUGUAAGAUGUUUAAUACUAUAGUUGGAAACAACUGCUUUCAGAAUUUUAUUAUGCUAAAAUUUUCCCCAUGAUAUUAAAAUAUAUGCUUACACAUCAAUGCUAAUUUUUAAAAUAUGUAUAAUUUGAAGUAGAAAUUGUUUGCUUAGAAAUAAAUUUUUAAAAAUUUAGUCUUUGGGAAUCGAUUUCCUCUGUACUUUUUAUUCAAUAAAUCUAAAUUUAAAACCUGCAA